ACAAAUGACGUGAAACUGUUGCGACAAUGACACAAUAAAUAGCGAUAUAAUCACUCAAAAUAAAUGUACAUGUCUACGAUUUUAAAACUUGGAAAGGGAGUGUUGUUGUUUUUUGUAUAAUUGUUAUAAUAACUGUUUUCCUCUCAAAUUUGUUAUCGUUUCUCAUAUAUAAUCUCAUCAAAUUCCGCGCUCCUGUGACAAGGAAAUUCCCCAUACGUGGUAUAAAUAAACAGUGCCUUAUGUCUGGCGUUUGUUUCGUGUUUAGUACAUUUUUUUUUUUUUUUAUCUAUGUCACAUGACUGAUUCGUGUCCUGACGCCAUCACCCUUCACGGAAGUCAGCACCGUAAUGAUGGUGGCCUCGUCGGUGUAGAGCGGUGUACAGGCAGGAAGAGGAUGUUUGCUUCCAGUGAAAGAAUAAUAUCACCUUAUUCCGAGUUUUGAUAGCAGAUUAAAGCGCCGUGUAGUUUUCCUACUGAGCCUGUGGAGAUCCAGACAGCUAAUUCCAUCUCCUGGAGGCGGCCCAAUAGGAUAAGAUGUCUCUGUUCCAGUCGGCACUGGAUUUCCUAGCCGGGCCCGGCUCGUCCGGAGCGGCCGGCCGGGACCAGAACGACUUCGUCGGACAAGUCGUUGAGCUGGGCGACAUGAAACUGAGGAUCAAGAGAGUGAUUGCCGAAGGAGGAUUCGCCUUCGUGUACGAGGCCCAGGACAUGAGCAGUGGCAAAGACUAUGCCCUUAAGAGGCUGUUGUCCAAUGAAGAAGAGAAGAACAAAGAAAUCAUACAGGAAGUCUGCUUCAUGAAAAAGCUGUCGGGUCAUCCAAACAUGGUUCAGUUCUGCUCUGCUGCAUCUAUCAGUAAGGAGGAAUCAGACACUGGACAGGCUGAGUUCCUGAUCCUCACUGAGCUGUGUAAAGGUCAGCUGGUGGACUUCAUAAAGCGGGUUGAGCAGAGGGCUCCCCUGUCAUGUGACACUGUGCUGAAAAUCUUCUACCAGGCGUGCCGCUCUGUGCAGCACAUGCACAAACAGAAACCUCCAAUCAUACACAGAGACCUCAAGGUUGAGAACCUCUUGAUUAGUAACCAGGGCACUAUCAAGCUGUGUGACUUUGGCAGCGCCACCACAGUAUCACAUUACCCCGACUACAGCUGGUCAGCACAGAAGAGGUCCAUGGUGGAGGAUGAGAUCACAAGGAACACCACUCCAGCAUACCGAACACCAGAGAUGAUCGAUCUCUACUCCAACUUUCCCAUCAAUGAGAAACAAGAUAUCUGGGCCCUUGGAUGCAUCCUCUACCUGCUGUGUUUUAAGCAGCAUCCAUUUGAGGAGGGCGCAAAGCUCCAAAUUGUCAACGGAAAAUACUCUAUCCCUCAGAACGAUAUCAAGUACACUGUGUAUCACGACCUCAUACGUUCCAUGUUGAAGGUUAACCCAGAGGAGCGUCUGUCUAUUACAGAGCUCGUCAACCAGCUCCAGGAGAUAGCAGCGGCACGCAACGUCAACCCCAAGUCUCCCAUUACGGAGCUGCUGGAGCAGAACGGAGGCUUUGGCAACAACGGAGCACAGCUGCCCAUGCAGAUCCACAACGUCCACAACAAUGCAGGCGUGUAUGAUCCUGAUCAGUCGGGCAGCGGCCUCUUUGAUAUCUUAAAGGGAGGAACAGAGCGCUUCCUGACCAACAUUAAGGACACUUCCUCUAAGGUUAUUCAGUCCGUAGCCAGCAACCCAAGCUACGCCAAAGGUGACUUGGAUAUUUCAUACAUCACCUCCAGAAUAGCAGUCAUGUCUUUCCCAGCAGAAGGGGUGGAGUCUGCAAUAAAGAACAACAUUGAGGAUGUCCGUCUGUUCCUGGAUUCACGUCAUGCUGGCCACUAUGCUGUCUACAACCUCUCUAAACGAUCAUACAGGCCUUCUCGAUUCCACAACAGGGUUUCAGAGUGUAACUGGCAGGUGCGACGUGCCCCAAACCUCCGCAGUCUCUACAGUGUGUGCAAGAACAUGCAUCUAUGGCUCAAACAGGACCAGAGGAACAUCUGUAUAGUGCACUGUCUGGAUGGCAGGGCAGCGUCAGCAGUGGCAGUUUGCUCCUUCUUGUGUUUCUGCCGGCUUUUCACCACAGCUGAGGCUGCUGUUUACAUGUUCUCAAUGAAACGCUGUCCACCUGGCAUAGCACCCUCACACAAGAGGUACAUAGAGUAUAUGUGUGACAUGAUGGCAGAGGAGCCCAUCGUCCCUCACAGCAAGCCCGUAAUUAUCCGCUCCAUCAUCAUGACUCCGGUGCCGCUGUUCAACAAGCAACGAAAUGGGUGCAGGCCAUUCUGUGAGGUUUAUGUUGGAGAUGAGCGGGUCCUAACAACAUCACAGGAGUAUGACAGGAUGAAGGACUUUAAGAUAGAAGAUGGGAGAGCAGAGAUUCCCCUCAAUGUCACAGUUCAGGGAGAUGUGCUGGUGGUGAUCUACCAUGCAAGAUCAACGCUUGGAGGACGCCUGCAGGCAAAGAUGGCAUCCAUGAAAAUGUUUCAGAUCCAGUUCCACACAGGCUUUGUGCCGAGAAACGCAACCACUGUCAAAUUUGCCAAGUAUGAUUUGGAUGCCUGUGACAUCCAGGAGAAGUACCCAGACCUGUUCCAGGUCAACUUGGACAUUGAAGUGGACCCCAGAGACCGACCCAGCGCCAAGUCCCCUCCGUGGGAGGGCUUCCAAACCAAGGGCCUCAACCCCAAGAUCCUUUUUUCCUCUCGUGAUGAACAGCAGGAGAUCCUUAGUAAAUUCGGUAAGCCUGAGCUGCCUCGUCAACCAGGUUCCUCUGCAUUUUAUGACUCAGAGUCACCCCAGACUGCUCAGACCCCAGAGAAUGCAACGGAACCAGAAUCUCCGAUAAAUGAUGAUAACAACUCCAACAACUUCUUCCAGACACUGGAUUGGGAAGAUGUGCGUGGCACUCAGGAUGCCUCAGGCAGCCAAGGAGGAGGAUCCAUGAAUGACCAGGAGGACUUGAGUGAUCAGUCAGAGGGGGAGUCCUGCUCUUACUCUGUCCCCAGUGGGGAACCGCUGUCACGUGACCCCAGCGAACCACUAUUUGAUGCUGACUUCCAGACCCCUCCUCCUGCAGCCCAGGAGUCUCCUCUUGAUGAUACAGCUGACCUCUUGGGGUUGAACUCUGACCUGGAACCUCCUUCCAUGUCCUCAAACGUUACCACUGCUCCUCAUAAAGUAGACCAGGGAGGUCUCAAAGCUGCUUCUAGCAACAGCGAUCUCCUCAAUGACUUGUUUGCGCCUCCUGCUGCUCAGACAGGCGCAGUGCAGAAAGACUUGUUUUUCAGUGGGCCAACCAGUGACGCUACGCCAGACUCGAAGCCCAUGGGCGACCUGUUCGAUCCAUUUGGGAUGGGGUCUAGCUCUGGUGUCGGCUCUAGUGUUGCUUCAUCUCGACAAGCGUCUGGACCGGACCUGUUUGGGGAUUUGUUGGCCUCUGAUAGUUCAGCUACCAGCGGAUUUAAUUCAGCUAACAGUAACCAGACUCCCGCUUCCAACACCAGCCUCUUCAACCUUAAUAAGCAUGUGAAUGACGUCCCUAAGAUGACAUCAUCAGCCAGCCAACCAGACCUGCUGGGUGGAUGGGACAGCUGGGCAGCUGGCACCACUGCUAGUAUAGGCACUGCCUCCAGCAAACCCAAAUACACCAAUAUGGCUUCUGGUGCGUCAUCGAUGUCAAAAGCCAAGUCUCAGACCUUUGAUCCUUUUGCUGACCUAGGAAAUCUGAGCUCCAAUUUACCAGGUCCCUCCAGUGGCAAUUUUUCUGGGCCUUCAUUUAACACGAAGGGUCCUUCCUCCUCUGCUAAGCCUCAAGCCCAGUCCUGGCAGUCUGGAAGACCCACAUCAGCCCAGAACAAAUCUUGGCUGCCAGGAUCAGGAUCUGGAUCGGCAUCUGCACCCAAAGCAUCCUCAGUGUCUCAGCCAGCAGGUGCUCAGCCCACAAAACCCAAUUACAAUCUCAACUUCUCUAGCGUCAUCGGUGGCAGAGAGGAGAGAGGAGUUCGUGGGCCUGGAUUUGGCCCCAAACCAAAGGUGAAGGAGGAUGAUUUUGAGGACCUGCUGUCAACUCAGGGUUUUGCUUCUAAGCUUAAUCAGAAGGGACCAAGGACCAUUGCUGAAAUGAGAAGAGAGGAAAUCACAAAAGACAUGGAUCCUCUUAAAUUACAGAUUUUGGACUGGAUUGAAGGGAAAGAGCGAAACAUCAGAGCGCUGCUAUCGACUCUGCACACAGUGUUGUGGGAGGGGGAAACCCGCUGGAAACCUGUGGGCAUGGCUGACCUGGUCACACCCGACCAGGUGAAGAAGUACUACAGAAAGGCUGUGCUGGUUGUCCAUCCAGAUAAGGCAACAGGCCAGUCUUAUGAACAGUACGCUAAGAUGAUCUUCAUGGAACUGAACGAUGCCUGGUCAGAGUUUGAGAACCAAGGAUCCAAAGCACUGUUCUAAAACCCCUGGCCUGGAUCCCAGCUGGACCAGACCAAACCAGACCAGACCAGAUAGGGCUGGAUUUGGCCUGACCUCACAAGGGUCAGACUGAGCCAGAUUGGACAGGACUGAGCCCACAUUGGGCCUUAGGGGUCACAGAGCCUCUGAGAGGUGUCCUCUCUACCAUUCCCUCCCUUCUACUUUACUUUCUUCUAUUUCUACAGUCAACAAAAAAGACCUUUUGCCUCAUAUCUGGCUGUAGUGGAAAUUUCCUCUGCGGCCCCUAAAUGCCCAGUUAAAUAAAUAUUGUGAUUCUUCUUAAACUCACUGCCUACCUGUACAACUGCCUGAGUGGUGCUGCAAAGAUCGGGAGGGAAGAAUAGGCGACAAUCACUUUGAGAAGACAAAAUCAGAUAAUACAAGAAAAUCAUUAAGAUGAUUGUCUGGCUUCAGAUAAAAAUACCCAACAUGGAAUGGGGAUACAUUUUGACUAUGGCUGUCAGUGUUUCAUUUAUUUUUGGCAGUUCCACUAACCAACAGUCAUUUAGCUGAACUGAACUGUGGCCAUGAAUUGUUCAGCAUGCCAGUCAAUGUGUAAGUCUGCAAAGUGUAACUUUAAAAGUUCUUAAGCUUAGUUGCCUCAAAAAAUGUCAGACGUUGCUUUUGAACCUUGGAACGUACCAGGCACAAGAAGAAAGGGACAAAAAAAAAAAACAACUCCCCAGAUCUGUUGAAAAUAUCCAUUCAAGCAUCAGAAGUGCUACUGCUGCACCAUUGGGGCUGACACUUGGUUGAGUUUAUUCUUGAGCCAUUCCCUCUCCAAGACUGUUGCCUGCUGAACACUACGAGUGCUGCUUCUACCAUUACAGUUGUUGCUGCACACACUGCUCAGACUGACGUUACAACGUGCCCCCUAACGUUUAGAACUUGUUUUGGACGCACUUGUUAUAAAACCAAGUGCGUGGUCUGUCGUUUUUGAAGUGCUCUUUUAAUUCCGCCCUCGUGGGCUACGCCGGUGUAGCUACCUGCAUGCUCUUCCACACCAAACUUCCAAACAGCAGGAGGUAGGUGUGUUUGACUUCAAUCCAGGGUAGUCCAAAACGGGCAGCAGCUCUUUUAUCAAAGUGCUCUUUUUCUUGUAGCAGAAACAGAAGAGUGUACAUGCCAGGUCUCUUUAAGCACCUAGUUUAGAAAGUAGUUUUUGUGCAGAGUGAGAGAUCAAAAAGUGAAGGAUGGAGAAGAGAAUAUGGCGAUUUAACUCUUCACUAUUAGUUUUAUGCUUUCUCGUAUCUUGACUUUGUUCAGUUUGUCAGUUAAUCAUCACUUCAAUGUAAAUAUCAAAAUGUCACCCAUCAAGUGGCUUUGUUCUGACUCCACCUUGGCAAGUGAUUUGUUACUGAGCUUCAUGCUUAGUUGUGUGAAUGGCUGUGUAGAGCAUGUGUGGAGAAUAAAAUCUUGUAGGACAUCAGGAUUUCUCGUCUGUCGUCACAAUCUUUUACAUUUUUUUUUUCUUAAUUUAAUUUUUUUCACCCUUUUCCACUCUUUUUAGUUGUUUUCAAAAAAUUUCCAACUUUUUUUUAUUUUUUAUCCUUUUUUUCAUUUCAUGUUUUACCUCAAGGACCAAUCAGUUCACCUGUUUUCUUAUUUAUUAUUAUGUGUUUUUGGGAAGGGUUGUUGACGUAUGAUAUUAAUGUUAAAGCUGAAAAUUAACAUAAUAUAUAAGUGGAAUGUGUUGAGGACAAGCAGGGCAGUUGAUCACAGUGAACGUCUCUUUUGCUGUUUUCAUUCCAAAGCAUUGACUAUUAAUACGAAUGUGCUUUUACAAAUAUAUAUAUAUCCAAUGUUGUGAUGUGUUUCAUUUUUUGUCUGUUCGGUAUGUCUUUUUUAUUAUUUACUUGUUCUUGCUUCUUCUUUUUUUCCUCCUAUGGCAGAAUAGAUGUUGCUUCUGUUGUGCAUUUUGACAUUCUGUUAAAACUCCAACGCGAGGGCCCAGCAAAACUUGAGUAAGAAAAAGAUGAUUAAACUGAUGUCAAGACUUCCUUUGACACUAUGAUGACAGUAUAAAGAGGGAGAUUGGCAAAAAAAAAAACCACACAUCAGCAGUGUUUACCAAAUUGUAUCCUACUAAUAUGAAUGUAGAUUUCAAUGCAAAAACAAAACUAUUAAAAUCCAUCUUGAUCUGAGGCAAA